AUGAGACAAAAUUAUGAGUACAGAUACAACCAAGUUUCUCAUGUUAAUAGGACUAUAUUGAGUUGUAUUUGCUAUAUUUUGUAG